GCAGAUGGGUUCUGUCCCUGUGUGGUUUUGUGGCCUUGCAUGAAGUGUGACACACAGCUGUCCCCUUCUCACUUUUUCCACUCACCAACUGACAGAAACAUCUUAUUAAAUCUCUCUUCGUCUUUAUAAGAAAUACAUAUAUAAUCGUGAGCUGUUGUGGGGAUGCCUGCCAGUCUUCUAACCCUCUCGUUCUUUCUGUCGAUGCUGAAUAUAGAGUGUGUACUCCCUGUCUGCAAGGCCAGAGUGAGUACACUAGAUUUAGGAUGCCAGCUUGAGUGGAAGUGCCCUGAUGCCAACCCUAAAACAACUUACACGGUCCAGACUAAAACAAGUUGGACAUCCUGGCAAUAUGUUUCCAACUGCGUUCGGAUCUCCAGACAGAGCUGUAAUCUGUCAAGUGUCUUUCCUAGUCUACAUGGCUACAACUACAUCAGACUGAGCUCAGAAGAGCCUGACUGGAUGCAUGAAACAUUUUGUGACCCAAUAAAUGACACUGCCGAAUUCAGCCCCCCCUCCAUUACCAUGUCCAUGGAGGAUGAACGCCUCUGGGUGACAGUACAUUUUCCUUGUGCUCCAUCCAUAACCUGUGGGUUUGAGGAGAAAGAGGCGGAGACGCACUGCAGCUGCCCCCUAGAUGGGCUUCACUUUCUGAGACUUUCAGCAACAGUCACUCUGUACAACAAACAUGAACCCUCAGAUACACAGACGCGUACUGCUGUAGUGGUAGAGGAUACGCCAUUCAAAGAGGAAUUUGGAUUUCUCAUACCAGGCCAAGUGUACUGCGCUGUGGCCAACUUCACAUCUAAAGGAGCAGUGGCAAGAGCCUCUUCACCCCCCAGCCACCCACAAUGUGUUUACAUACCAGCAAAGAUCGAAAGCCUAAUUGUUGUGGUUGUUUGUGGUGCUGUUAUCACUCUUGGUCCAGUGAUUUAUCUGCUCUGGAGACUGUGUGAAUCCUCUGAACGCCCCCUGCCCAAAUCUUUGGCAUCACUUCAAAACCUGGAACUUCAGAACAAGAUUUUUAUUGCCUCCAGCGAGGCUGAGCCAGGCAACGAGAGCUCUGAGAGUGAUAGGAUUUCCAUUGUGUCCUUCUCUGACUUUAUACUCACGGACAGCCGGUCAUUGUACCGCAACUUUCAAAGCUUGGGCACUAGAUAUUACACAACCCCCACCCUGCAUAACCCAGUUUACUAUGAGGAAUGUGCAGAGGUCUUGGCUAUGGAGUCGAUAGACUUGGAAACAGAUGGAAGUACAUCUCCACAUCAUUGUUUUGGACUUCUAUGGCCAUCACAAACAGUUCUAGAAGCAGGACAAGGAUGUUCAGAUCUGGAUCACAGUGAGGAGACCCCGAGCAUCCCUCUGAGCUCAGUGAGAGUGAAACGGGAAGAAACUUCAGCUGAUGACCCAGAGCAGUAUGGAGAUACUUAACACUUAGGGACUUUCACACUGGGCACGUUUGCUGCGGUCCGAUUCUGAGUGCGAUUGUUCCCGGUGCCCCCCACAGCGUUGGUCUGGUUUCACACUCACUUGAUUCUACCAGUAGGUUGUUAUUUCAAGCCCAGUUUUGCCACUGAACAAGGCACAUAACCCCACAUGUCUUCAGAGGUGACUGACCUUAUAAUAAGUGAUCAAAUGUUUAAUUUUUUGAAUAAAGUUGAGAAGAAAAACAAAUAUACAUGCAUUCAAUAAUAACAAUAAAAACAGGGGGCCUGGGUAGCUCAGUGAGUAUUGGUGCUGACUACCACCCCUGGAGUCAUGAGUUCGAAUCCAGGGCAUGCUGAGUGACUUCAGCCAGGUCUCCUAAGCAACCAAAUUGGCCCAGUUGCUAGGGAGGGUAGAGUCACAGCGUAACCUCCUCGUGGUCGCAACUAGGGGUUCUCGCUUUCAAUGGGGCUCAUGGUAAGAUGUGUGUGGAUCGCGGAGGGUAGCAUGAGCCUCCAUGUGCUGUGAGUUUCCGCGGUGUCAUGCACAACGAGCCACAUGAUAAAAUGCAUGGAUUGACGGUCUCAGAAACGGAGACAAUUGAGAGUUGUCCUCCGCCACCCGGAUUGAGGUGAGUAACCGCACCACCAUGAGGACCUACUAAGUAGUGGGAAUUGGGCAUUCCAAAUUGGGAGAAAAGGGGAUAAAUAAUAAUAACAGCAAAAUAACAAAAUAACCUUAAAGCAUGUCUCUAGUAAGAUGUCUCGGUCCGGAACUUAACAUCCAAUUUAUUUCAUCUGAGCUGUUUAAUAAGUGAGCUUUGAGUAUUGCAGCCUAGGGGUCAAAGAUCAGGGCUGGUAACUUAUGCUAAAACACACUUAUGUUGAUGCUUGAACUACAGUAUUCCUAUUGAGCCCGUUAAUGUUACUACAUGAGAACUGAACCUGUAAUUAAUGACUGUAUUUCACUAUAAGUCAGCUAAAUGACUAUAGAAUGCCCCUAUAAUAAGUGUACUGUUAGUUGAUUUGGAUGAAUGACUUCUGGUCCAUGCAAUUUCUUCCUAUUACGACUGAUGCUCAACCCGUAAAAGUGAUCAAACUAAAAGUAAAACAAUUACUGUAAAACACUUCUGCCCAUUGUUAUUAAUAAAAGUAUGAACUAUUUUCAUAGUUAAUAAUGUGGCAUGCUAUUCUGAAUUCUUACAUGACUUUUUAGGUCACAUAAACUGUUAAUCACAUGUACUCUCUAUUGUCGGUUAAGCAUAUGGGUCACGUCAUGUGUAAAUCGCAGUUACAAUUACAGCACUCCACAUUUCACGUGCUUGUUUGGGAUACCCCCUGUAGUCUAAUGACUCACUGAAAUCAGAGUAAUAUAAAUCUCUCAGUGUCUCUGAGGGUAUGACCCCUUAUGAAUAAAAACAUAUUUUGGGCAACUGCGAGUAUGGUAUGGUUGAUGUAUGGCUUGAUUCAUUGUUUUCAUUUUUUAUUUUUUUCUCCAUCUUUUUCACCUCUGACUCCGAGUUGCCCCAUUUGACGCUCAUUUUCUGUAGACCAUGUCUCGCAGCUAACCGCGCAAAGGUGCACGAUUUCUGCUGAUGUAGCCGAUUCUCUGGAACAUUCAUGGAAAUGCUCUGAGGAACGGAGUGUGAAGCUAGGUUCUGGAAAAUGUAUUUCAGCACAUACACGUUCAAUUUUAUACGAUCAUGUAUGUUUGGGACCAAAACAGUGAAGGAAAAUUUGGUUUAGAUUUAUUUGAAUUUGCUUUGGAAAUUUGUUUUGUGACUAGACUUUUCCAGAAGCCAUUUGUGGCAAAUAUUUCGCCUCCAAAGCUUUGAUAUACCCUGCCAUCAGAAUCAACAAAUAAGUCUGCUUUUAAAUGUCAAGUUUCUUGUUGACCACAUGUAGCAGAAUGGAAAAAAUGUCUGCAUGUGUUCAGCUCGGUUUUAAUAAACCACAACCCACCACCCUGUAAAACAACAAGCAUGCAUGCACAUGUGUAUGUAAGCUUUAAUAA